AUGGUAGGAAAGGCUAGAUCUUCCAAUUUUACCUUAUCUGAAAAGCUUGAUUUGCUAAAACUUGUGAAGCCAUAUGUGAAAAUUCUCGAAGAACACACUAAUAAGCAUUCAGUAAUAGUGGAAAAGAAUAGAUGUUGGGAUAUCAUAGCGGUUAACUAUAAUGCCAUUGGAGUAGACCGCCCUCCUCGAACAGCGCAGGGCCUACGCACCCUUUACAAAAGGCUCAAAGAAUAUGCCAAACAGGAGCUUUUGCAGCAAAAAGAUACCCAAUCAGAUUUAAAAAGCAAUAUUUCUGAGCCAACCAAGAAAGUUAUGGAGAUGAUUCCCCAGAUUUCCAGUUUUUGCCUGGUAAGAGACAGGAACCACAUACAAAGUGCAAACUUGGCUGAGGAGGCACAGGCUGGUACCAGUUCACUGCAGGUAAUGUUGGAUCAGCAUCCAGUUGCUAUUACAGUGGAGGUGAAGCAAGAAGAAGACAUUAAGCCCUCUCCUCCACUGGUUUUAAAUUCGGAACAGAGUUAUACUUUAGAGCAAAGAGAAGAACAUGAAUUAGUACAUGUUAUGGAAAGAUCUGGGUCGCCGUCACUUUCCUCUGUUGAUAUGAGAAUGACAUCGUCUCCAUCUUCCAUCCCAAGGAGAGAUGAUUUUUUUCAUCAUGAGUGUGGAGGACACUUUAGGUCACAAUUAGGGUAUGAUCCUCAGAUUCUGCAAAUGCUGAAAGAGGAGCAUCAGAUAAUUUUAGAAAAUCAAAAAAAUUUUGGAUUAUAUGUUCAGGAGAAGAGGGAUGGAUUGAAAAGAAGGCAGCAGCUAGAAGAAGAGCUGCUACAAGCAAAAAUUGAAGUGGAGAAGCUGAAAGCGAUUCGCUUACGGCACGAUCUGCCUGAAUAUAAUAGUUUCUAA